AUGGAGAUAGACAUACAAACAUCUAGUUAUACGUAUCAGCAACAUCGAGUAUUUAACUUGGCAUACUAUGUCUAUUGCUCAUACGAUAACUCGUUUUUUCAUAAUUUAUCGGGAUACGAUGCACAUUUUAUUAUCAAGAAUAUAGCUAUCGCAUAUGAACAUACAGAACUAUUGGGUUGUCCGGAAAGUUCGUGCCGAUUUUUGGAAGAUGGCGUAAGGACAGGUCUGAAUAUAUCAGAACGAUUGAAAACAAAUGACAUGCGUACAUAUCGUAAAAGACGACAUUUAAUGCUUUUCUUUUACCGGAAAGGCAAAAAUGCCAUACAAGCGACAAACAAGAUAUGCGUUGUUUAUGGUGAAGGUGCUGUAGCUGAAAAAACUGUGCGUAAGUGGUUUGCUAGGUUUAAAACUAGUGAUUUCAACCUUGAAGAUCAAGAACUCCCGGGGAGGCCCUCCACUACAGAUGAAGAUCAGAUUAAAACACUGAUCGAGAAUAACCUACGCUAUACAAUACGUAAAUUAGCAGAAAUGUUGAAUAUGUCAAAAUCCAUCAUCCACGAGCACUUUGUGAAGCUUGGCUACAUAAACCAUUUUUAUGUAUGGAUUCCUCACGAUUUAACGGAGAAAAAUCUGAUGGAUCGCAUUUCCAUUUGCAACUCGCUCUAUAAACACAACGAGGAGACACCAUUUUUGAAGCAAAUUUUGGGAAAGCGAAAUGAACUACCUUUAGCCACCCCAAAAGCCGAUCUUCAUCCAAAGAAGGUCAUGCUCUGUGUCUGGUGGGAUUGGAAAGGGAUCCUGUAUUAUGAGCUUUUAUCAAACAACGAGACGAUAAAUUCAGAGAAGUAUUGUUCCCAAUUAGACGAAUUGAAGAUUGAACAGCAAUUGAACAAAAACGUCCAGAAAUAG